AUGCCGAGCCGACUCAUUCUUCUCCUCACGCUCGUCUCUCUCCUUCUAUUCUCUAUCCUCUCUACACCCAUCCUCUCCGCCAGAGCAGCCGCUGACGACGAAGAAGACUUGAGUUUUCUCGAAGAUGACGAAACCGACGUCUCCUCCGAUUCGAAACACCCUCACCCUGACGCUGAAUACUCCGACAAUGAAGAUGAAGAGUUCGAGAAUUAUGAUGAUUUCGAGGUCCCGUCGAGCUUCGGUAACGAGGAGGGAGAGGAGGAUGAGAUGGCCAAAAUUGAUGAGAAGGACGUCGUGAUUUUGACGGAUGGGAAUUUCAGUGAUUUUGUGGACGAAAAUAAGUACGUGAUGGUGGAGUUUUAUGCGCCGUGGUGCGGGCACUGCAAGGCCCUAGCCCCGGAGUACGCUACUGCUGCCACCGAGCUGAAGGCGGAGAAUGUGAAACUCGCCAAGGUGGAUGCCACGGAGGAGAGUGAACUGGCGGAGAAGUAUGAAGUUCAGGGGUUUCCUACUGUGUACUUCUUUGUUGAUGGGGAGCAUAAACCUUAUUCUGGUCAACGAACGAAGGAUGCCAUUGUUACCUGGAUUAAGAAGAAAAUUGGGCCUGGCAUAACCAAUAUUACAACAACAGAGGAUGCAGAGCGCAUAUUAACAUCUGAGAAUAAAGUUGUUUUGGGUUUCCUCGAUUCAUUAGCAGGCCAUGAGAGCGAGGAGCUUGCUGCUGCAUCGAAGCUUGACGACGAUGUUAAUUUUUACCAAACUGCAAACCCGAAUGUGGCAAAGAUGUUUCACAUGGAUCCCAAUGUUAAACGCCCUGCUUUGGUCUUGCUAAAGAAGGAGGCUGAGAAAGUAACCCAUUAUGAUGAGCAGUUCACAGAGUCCACGAUAGCUAAGUUUGUUUUUGCCAACAAGCUUCCUCUUGUUACGACUUUUACAAGAGAAAGUGCACCUUUGAUUUUUGAGAGCCCAAUUAAGAAACAGCUUUUGCUGUUUACCACAUCGAAAGAUUCAGAAAAGGUUGUCCCUACAUUCCAAGAAGCUGCAAAACUUUUCAAGGGAAAGCUUAUAUUUGUGCAAGUGGAAAUGGACAAUGAAGAUGUUGGAAGGCCUGUAGCAGAUUAUUUUGGAGUUAAUGGAGAUGCUUCAAAAGUUCUGGGAUACACAGGAAAUGAUGAUCCUAAGAAAUUCGUUUUCAAUGGGGAAAUCACAUUUGAGAAAAUUAAGGCAUUUGCUCUCCUAAAGGAUCAAGACAAGCUCAAACCAUUCUUUAAGUCAGAUCCAAUUCCCAAUAGUAAUGACGGGGAUGUAAAAACAGUCGUUGGGAACAACUUUGAUGAAAUUGUUUUGGAUGAGUCUAAAGAUGUUCUUCUUGAGAUUUAUGCUCCAUGGUGCGGCCAUUGCCAAGCUCUUGAACCAACGUACAACAAGCUUGCCAAGCACUUGCGUGGUGUUGAAUCUCUUGUUAUAGCCAAAAUGGACGGAACGACAAAUGAACACCCCAGGGCCAAGGCCGAUGGAUUCCCCACUAUUCUCUUCUUCCCAGCAGGAAACAAGAGUUCUGAUCCUAUUACUGUUGACGCGGAUCGAACAGUAGUUGCAUUCUACAAAUUUCUCAAGAAACACGCGUCGAUCCCUUUUAAGCUCGAGAAACCAACUUCAACUCCGGCAUCCGAGGAUUCUAAUGCCAAACAAGGCAUUAAAAGCUCCAGCAGCGAUGCAAAGGAUGAAUUAUGA